GCGGAGAGGAGGAGAGAGCUGGCAGAAGAAGAGAUGGAGCAGGCGGGGCAGCCUCAGAAGCUGGAGGAGGAAUCUGAACAACCACAGGAGGACGAGGGGUUGGAGGCAGAACACGACCAGCCAGACAACAACGCUCUGAACCGUCAGAGACGCCAACCACAACAGGAUCCACAAAGUGACAUCCAUCUCGUCCCUGAGACCCACCUCCAGCAGGAGGCCCAGGUGGAGCGUGUGAAGUCUGCCUACGAGCAGCAGCAGGUGCAGCAGCGCCUGGAGGCUGAGCGGGCCCAGAGGGACGAGGGAGCUCCAGCUGCGCCAGGAGGCCCUGCAGGCCCAGAGGACGAGGGAGCUCCAGCUGCGCCAGGAGCACGAGAGAGAGGAACAGCACCAGCAUCAGAGGAGGUCCGUCGGGAACAGCUACUGAAGGAGGAGCAACUCAGGAAGAAAAGUGACUAUGAGAACACAAACAAUGACAUCGUCCAGGGUGAUGAAGAACCUCAUAUUGAUGAUGACGAAGAGAGGGACACCCACUUGGAGAAGGAGAACCAAGAGGAAGAGGACCACCGAGUACCACAGCGACAGGGGGCAGUAGAGAGGGAGGUGGACCCAGAGGAUGACCCUAAUAACCAGGGGGAGGAUGAGUUUGAUGUGGCAGAGGAGCAGCAUCUUCAGCACAGGGAGGAAGAGGAGGCAGACAUACAUCUCAACCCCAAUCACCCAGCCAUAGAUGAGGAACUGGUGAUGGCGGUAAACCCCGACCAGCAGGAAGACAACCUGGAUAAGACCAGUAUCCGAGGAGG